AGUCUGCAGAUGGAAUAAUAGAAUAAGAAAAAAAUUUUAAAAAUAUAAAGAAACGGAGAACGGGAAAAAAGUCGCCGUUAAUGAUCGAUGCCGAAAAUGAAGCAUUUAUUAAGGAAACUCCAUAUCGGCGGCGGUUUCAAUGAGCACCAACGGUUGACGGAGACGCAGCCCGUGAUCAGCUCAUGUCCGAGUCCGAACUCCACGGGACAAGAAACGGCGUCUUCCUUUUCUUCUUCUUCGGCGUCUUCUGUUGGUUCAGGUACAUUGGGGAGAAUCGGGGACGUUGAAUCGGCCGGGGGAGAUCGGACGGCUGGUGAUGAGGUGGAUUUUAAUUUAUUGGAAGAAGAGUUUCAGAUGCAGUUGGCUUUGGCGAUCAGUGCCUCGGAUCCCGAGACGGCUCAGAUCGACGCUGCUAAAAGAUUUAGCCUCGCCGGUUCCGACGCCGGCGCUUUCGUGGAGUUACUCUCGCUUCGUUAUUGGAACUAUAAUGUUGUAAACUAUGAUGAAAAAAUUUUGGAUGGAUUUUAUGACGUGUAUGGCAUUGCCUCAACGCUUGGUCUGGAAGGGAAGAUGCCAUCUUUGGUUGAUCUUCAAGCAGUAUCAGUGUUAGAAAAUGUUGAUUAUGAAGUAAUUUUGGUUAACCGGUUGCUUGAUCCUGAAUUGCAAGAGCUUGAGAAAAGAGUGUACAACAUAUAUGUGCAGUCCCAAGCUUUAGGCCAUGGCCUGGUUUUGAGUGAUUUAAUUCAGAAAAUCACAGAAAUAGUUGUUAACAGAAUGGGUGGUCUGGUAGCUGAUGCUGAUGAGAUGUUGAGAAUGUGGACCUUGAGAAGUUAUGAGUUACGGAGUUCUCUUAACGCUAUCAUUCUUCCACUGGGCAGACUUGAUGUUGGACUUUCGCGCCACAGAGCACUGCUGUUUAAGGUUCUAGCUGAUAGAAUUAAUCUCCCAUGCAUGCUGGUCAAGGGGAGCUAUUACACUGGUACAGAUGAUGGAGCUGUGAACUUGGUUAGAAUCAACAAUGGAAGUGAAUAUAUCAUAGAUCUGAUGGGUGCUCCUGGCACAUUAAUUCCUGCUGAAGUACCAAGCUGUCAGCUCUUAAAGUCUGCACUGGAUGUUCUUUCUGAUGCCUCUCAAGGUUCAUGUUUGGUACUUGACAAAGAAAUUGGAAAUUUGGCAGUUUCAGCUGCUCUAGAAAUGGGCAUUCAAAUUGGUGCCAAGAGGGCAGCAGAAUUUGCCAGCAGUCAGACAAAUGAAGAUGAGAAGAACCUUGCCGGAAGAGCUGUUCCUGAGAGAUCUGAACAGGAGUUUGGAAAGCUUCUUUCCUCAGCACCUAACUCUAGUGAUAGCUUUUGUGACAUUUAUGAAAAACCUUCUUCAGUGCAAAAAAGAAAGGUUAAAAAUGUUUCGAAGUAUGUUAUUAGUGCAGCAAAGGACCCAGAGUUUGCUCAGAAAUUACAUGCUGUUUUAUUGGAGAGUGGUGCAUCACCUCCUCCAGAUUUGUUCAUGGAUAUUAAUUCACAGGAUCCUGGUGAACAAAGUAUACCUGAACAAGUAGUGAAAGGGACAAUUGUAAAUGCUGCUGCUAGCUGCAAUUCAAAUUUGUUGUCAAGCAAGGAGCACUAUCUUGUAUCCAAUGGAAUGGAGGCUUUGGAAAAUACUAAUUCCAAUACGAGACAAAAGCAAAUGGCUAAGCACCAAAGGGAGUUAGAAACUAAUGUCAUAAAAACUAAUGUUCCAUCUGCUGCUUCAGUUGAGGGAUUUCUUCUUGGUAAUUCAGCUAAUGAUUGGAUGCAAGUUCGUGAUUCUUCCUUCUCUGCUAAUGAGUUUUGCCAAAGACAACCAGAAAAUGUCUUGGCCAUGGAUGAGAAAUUAGUUAAUUGGACUUCUGGGGCUGGUUUAAAUAAAGAAUCUGCAUUGGAAUUUAUCAAAACCACAGAUAAUGACUUGCAUCUGGCUAGCAGUGGUCGAAGUGAGAAGAUCUAUCCUAUGCUAAAAGAGGUUUCAGAAUGGGAAAUUCCAUGGGAGAAUCUUCAAAUUGGUGAACGCAUUGGCAUUGGAUCAUACGGUGAGGUCUACCGAGCAGAUUGGAAUGGCACUGAGGUUGCUGUGAAGAAAUUUUUAGAUCAAGACUUCUCGGGCGAUGCAUUGGUUCAAUUUAAAUGUGAAGUUGAAAUCAUGUUAAGGCUGAGACAUCCAAAUGUUGUUCUUUUCAUGGGAGCUGUUACUCGCUUUCCUCAUUUCUCUAUACUAACAGAGUUUCUCCCCAGAGGAAGUUUGUAUAAGCUACUGCAUCGAUCCAAUCCUCAACUUGAUGAGAAAAGAAGAAUGCGAAUGGCUCUUGAUGUAGCAAAAGGAAUGAAUUAUUUGCACACAAGCAAUCCUACUAUAGUGCAUCGAGAUUUGAAAACACCAAACCUUCUUGUUGACAAGAACUGGGUCGUAAAGGUUUGUGAUUUUGGGUUGUCACGCAUGAAGCAUCAUACUUUCCUAUCCUCAAAGUCCACUGCUGGAACGCCUGAAUGGAUGGCACCGGAAAUUUUAAGGAAUGAGCCGGCCAAUGAGAAAUGUGAUGUGUACAGUUUCGGUGUGGUAUUAUGGGAAUUGGUUACUUUACGCAUUCCCUGGAAAGGUUUGAAUCCAAUGCAAGUUGUUGGAGCUGUGGGAUUCCAAAAUCGACGCUUAGAAAUUCCUGAAGACAUUGAUCCGAUGGUUGCACAGAUUAUUCGAGAAUGUUGGCAAACGGAGCCACAUCUACGACCAUCAUUUGCACAGCUCAUGUCCCGUCUGCGACGUCUUCAGCGUCUGUAUGUUGAAAGACUAAACUCGACGAAUCAAAUUAUAGGAUGAUAAGGUACAGUAAUUGAUGUAAUAAAUACUUGGUUAGCUGUUUCCCGGGUCAAAGACCCUGACAGCCCAGAAAGGUUUGUUUUAAAUGUGCAAAAGAAAUUAGAGAUAGGAAAGGGGGGGGGGGGAGUGUUGGCUCAUUCGAAGUGGGAGAUCAGCAGUUUCCCCAAUCCUGAAAUAGAGUGGAAUCCUCUUUCAAGUAAAAGCAGUUGAGGAUAUACCACUUGAAAUUUGUGUUUAGUAUAAUGCAAUAGAUGGCAUUUAUCAAAGUGUAAGAAAGUUCCCCAAAAGAAAAGAAAAAACAAAGAAAGAGCAAGCAAAAAAGAGGAGAAAGAAGAGUCUUUUAUUGUUUGACCUUUUGAGGUCUUUGUUUUGGGUGAAAAUCCCAAUCCAUGGAAUUGUUGUAAACAUUGUGAUUUCUAUAGCUCAUUGUGAAAAAAAAAAGAAGGAAAAGAAAAAAAAAAGGAAUUAUUUUCGAAUAAGGAAUCUAUAGGUGGGUAUUGUAUGCAAAUUUUCCAUUCUAUAUUAACCCUCAUUUGCUUCAGAUAUAAUAAAUGGUAUUUAUUUAUUUUUCUUCAA